UUUGAAAAGCUCUAAUGGGUGUGUUUAAAGACGCCACUUUGCAUAGACAUUACUCUCUCCACAAAAUCUUGUAAUUGCCCUUCCUGUUCUGUAUAUUAUGCACUCGCAUUUUCUUGAGAUUUUCAUAUAGUGCUCUCCCUCACUUCCCUUCUCUCUCUGCCUUUUGCCCUAAAAGAGGCUGUCAUUUCCUUCAUAAACCCUGUUUGCAGCAGCCUUUUCAGCCCCCAAUUUUGAAAUAGAGAGAGUGAGUGAACGAGAGACUAGACUGCUUCAACCCAUAUUAGUUUUUUGUUCUUUUGCACUCUUGAGAAAUAUCAUUCUUUGUCCUUCGAUUGUUUCAUACCAAAAAAAAGUGUUCUUUGUCCAAGGGUAUAUCUGUAUUUGCUGGGAACACACAUUAAAAACCCAAGGUUUAAUCACCAUUUCAGUUUAAUGAACUUCUUCGCUUAGAUACAAUACAAAGAGAGUUUUUUUUCCUUCAUUUCGAGAGGUUUUAAUGGCACCGAGUUUUGACUGUGCGGUUUCAAGCCUUCUGUGUGCAGAGGACAAUAAUGGCAUUUUCGAUCAUAACGAUUGCUAUGGUGCUUUGGUAGAGGAGUAUGAGGCCACAUGGCAUCGUAAGAAUCAUCGAAUCCACCAUCAAGACAGGGCCUAUUGUGGUGGUGGAAAUGGUGAGUUGCCAGUGCAGAGUGAGGAGUGUUUGGCUUUGAUGGUUGAGAAAGAGUGCCUACAUUUGCCAAAUGUGGAUUACUUAAAGAGGCUGAGGAGGGGGGACUUGGACUUGGGGAGCAGAAAAGAGGCUAUCGAUUGGAUAGGAAAGGUUCAUGCCCAUUUUGGUUUUGGACCACUAUGUGCAUAUUUAUCAAUAAAUUACUUGGAUAGAUUUCUCUCUGCCUACGAACUACCUAAGGGUAAAGCUUGGAUGAUGCAGUUAUUGGCCGUUGCAUGUUUAUCUCUUGCAGCCAAAAUGGAGGAGACUGAAGUUCCACUUUCUCUAGAUUUACAGGUUGGCGAAUCAAAAUUUGUAUUUGAAGCAAGAACUAUCCAAAGAAUGGAGCUUCUUGUGCUCAGCACCUUGAGCUGGAGGAUGCAAGCUAUUACACCUUUCUCCUUCAUAGACCAUUUCCUUAACAAGAUCAAUAAUGAUGGAACCCCAACUAGAUCUUUAAUCUUGCAAUCAAUCCAGCUCAUAUUAAGCACAAUUAAAGGGAUUGACUUCUUGGAAUUUAGGCCUUCUGAGAUUGCAGCUGCUGUGGCCAUAGCAGUUGUGGGGGAAAUCAAAACAGUGGACGCUGAGCAAGCAAUUUCUGCUCUCGCUCAACAUGUAGAAAAGGAGAGAGUGCUGAAGUGCAUUCAAUUAAUUCAUGAUAUGUUAUUGAUUGGUGGGACUGUUAAGGAUGCAAGUGCUUCAAUCCUAUCAGUGCCUCAAAGUCCAAUUGGGGUGUUGGAUGCUGCAUGCUUGAGCUAUAGAAGUGAUGACACAACUGUUGGGUCAUGUGCAAAUUCUUCACAAAAUACUCCUGAUGCCAAAAGGAGAAGGCUAAAUAGACCAUGGGAAGUUUAGCUUGUAGUAAUGGAAUGUGAGCUGGAUUUUUUACACAGGGCCUUUUUGAAUUUUUUUAAAUUGCAGCAUUGGUGUGUCUAAGAAGUUGCUGCCGAGGAGAAUAUGGGCAGGGCAAAAAAAACAAGAGGCUGGAAGGGUGAGGAAAAUGGGAAAUGCAGAAAAGGAAUUUAAUAAGUUGGGUCAUGGCUGGAGGAUGGAGAAAAAAAAUGUUUCAUGCACUUAGCCUGAAAAUAACAGUCACAGCUGUUAAAUAUUAGAUCUCUUAACAGCUACAGGCAAGUGGCAAAGAGAAGGAAGAAGGAAAGUAAGAUACUGGUUAAUUUUUUUUUUUAAUUUUUAUUUUUUUGGAUUUGUGAGCAAAACUUGUAGGAUUUGGAGUUUUUCAUUGGAUAAAAGAAAAAUGCCGAAAAACAUAAGAGAAAAAAAGGGGGAAAAAAAAGUAUGAUAUAUAUAUAUAUAUGUAUCAGAGUGAGAUUGAACAAUUUUUGUUUUAUGGAGAAUCAUCAAGAGCGGAACAGGAUACUCCAGAAGAGUUAUUCUUUACCAUAUCACGAGUCAGGAACUCAUUUCAGUGGUAGUACGUUGAAAUGAUAAUCUUGUAAUUAAAAGCUGAGGAUAGUUGUUCUGAUAUUAUGUGAAAAA